AAAAAAAAAAAACAGAACUAAACAGUAAACAUCCACAUCCAUCCUUGAUCGAGGUGGCGCCGCCGCUCAUAUUUGCCUCUUCCCUCGGUUUGCUUCAGACGGUAGUAGCUGGAGUAGAUUUGCGACACGAAAAAAUAAAAAGAAAAUGGAAUCCCGGCGCCGAGAAGCAGAGAUACAAGACACACAGCAUACGAGUUGUCCUUCACCACCCAACGCCACCGGAAUCUGCCGUAGCUGCGGCUGCGCCACCACUAUCGAGCCGCCUCCAAUAUGGACAGAAAUAUCUCCCCCACCCGUCUACCGUCCCAUCCGCGCUCCAGCCAUUAACCUCCCUCCCAGCAACGCCCGAGAAGCCAUAAUCCUUGCCCCUGUUCCUCAUUCCCAAAAGGUCCAUACCGUUUCCCCUCCUUUCCUCUUUCAAACCCCCGUUAAGAAGAUCCACUCCCUUGAUGACAUCCGCCACUUCCAAGACUCAGAUUCCGGCAAAAAUUUCCUCGGCUUCAUCGUCGCCCUCAGCGAGUCCAUCCGUGGUCACAAGGUUUCCGAUCCCUGUCAUCAAUCCCAAACCCUAAACUCUAUCGUCUCUGUCCUCGAAACCCUCUUACGCUGGGUCGAUGAAAUCCCUCCGGUUCCCCAAUCUUCUCGCUACGGUAAUCUCUCCUUUAGGACUUGGCAGAGCCGCUUGGCUGAGAACGCGGAGUCCUUAAUGCUUCAGUUCCUCCCAGAUGAUCUAUCUUCCGCCACCGUUGAGAUUAUUCCUUAUUUCAUUGAUAGUUUCGGCAAUUUGAGCCGUAUUGAUUAUGGAACGGGUCAUGAGACCAACUUCGCGGCUUGGCUUUAUUGCCUUGCUCGGCUAGAGCUUAUUAAGGAAGAGGACUACCAGGCUAUUGUUUCUCGGAUCUUCGUCAAGUAUCAUGAGUUGAUGAGGAAGUUGCAGACUGUUUACUGUCUCGAACCGGCUGGGUCGCAUGGGGUGUGGGGUCUGGAUGAUUUCCAUUUCUUGCCGUUUAUAUUUGGUUCUUCGCAGUUGAUUGAUCACAAGUAUAUGAAGCCGAAGUCGAUCCAUAACGAGGACAUAAUUGAUAACUUCUCCAAUGACUACCUCUAUCUCUCCUGCAUUGCUUUUAUAAAGGAGGUCAAGAAGGGGCCUUUCGCUGAGCACUCGCCAUUGCUCAACGACAUUAGUGGCGUGCCCAACUGGAACAAGGUGAAUAGCGGGUUGCUCAAGAUGUACAAGGCCGAAGUGCUGGAAAAGGUUCCUAUCAUGCAGCAUUUCUUAUUUGGAUGGCUCAUCAAAUGGGAGUAGCUCGGUGAAUCAGCUUGGGUGGACAUUUACUGCAUAAUAAAGUGAAGGAUUAACGCCAGGUUUUUAAAAUGAGGUGGGAUAAUAUUUGAAAUGAGAAUGUAAAUUUUUGGUCAUACCUAUCAAUGUAAGUUGCUAAUACUGAUAUUCUGUUUACAUCCAGUUUCACAUUACUUCAUUGUUUGUAUUUCGGUUGACAAUGCUCUUGCAUGCUUCUGGAGCAUCAAGAAUUCUUUGUUGAGUCGGUAGUGACAAAAAACACAGCUCUCUUUCAGCCUUGAUUCUAUUUUCCCAGGAAGAAGGUUCGAUGAA